AUGAGUAUAAACAAUGUUGUAACAAGAUCAUGUCUGAUUAACCAUCAGUUCCGCAGAUACGUGGCCACAACUGAAAAACCGAAAGACAUAACAUCUAAUGUUAAAGGUUUGAGUUCCAAGGUUAUCAUUGCUAACCCACCACCAGAACGUGUUAAGAAAGCUGCAGAAAACGGUCCCUACAAGAAUCCACAAUAUUUUAGUUACCACAAAAAUUCAUAUUUUGAUGCUGAGAUUGAAAUGCACAAAUAUAGAUUACCACAACCUUCAAGUUUAAAGUAG